AUGGUUCUUAUGACAAUGAUCGGCCGUGUGGCCGAUGGUCUACCUCUUGCUGCUUCUGUUCAUAAUGAUAUCCGCGAUGAUUCCGGUCGUAGUGGAACUGAAUAUCAAAACCAAGCUAAAAGUAUCCUCCGUCGUUUAGCAUCUAAUUCACCUUCGAAAGCAAGCAUUGAAACUGAUCCAUACAUAUUUCAUUGUUUAAUUGAUCAUGAUGUUUGUUAUAUAACUUUAUGUGAGAAAAGCUUUCCACGAAAGAAUGCGUAUGCGUAUCUCGAAGAUCUUGCACAAGAAUUUAUUGCUCAGUAUGGACAGAAGAUUCAAUUAGCUGCUCGGCCAUAUUCAUUCAUUGAAUUCGAUAAUUAUAUUCAGAAAAUGAAGAAACAAUAUGCAGAUAGUCGAACGUCACGCGAAGCUAUGGGUCGAUUGAGAACCGAUCUACGCGAUGUACAAAAUAUCAUGGUUACAAACAUUCAAGACGUUAUCGCACGUGGUGAAACAUUAGAAAAUCUUGAUAAAAAAGCGUCCAAUCUUGCAUCAUUAUCUCAACAAUAUCGUAAAGAUGCGGUUUAUUUGAAUCGAAUGUCGUCAUUGACGAAAGUUGGUUUAACUGUGGGUGUUAUUGUCCUGUUAUCUAUUAUUGCUUAUGUUUUCAUUUUUUAA